AUGGCUGAAGGAAGCAAACCGGCCUCCCCCGCUUCAGCCACUGGGUCCAGUGGGUCCAGUGGAGCAGCGGCGCCACAGACGAGCUCUCUCAAGUCUAAAGGUGUGGGCCUCCUCAGGAAGGUGAAGGUGUCUGUAGAGCUGCUGAUCGCUCUGGCCGCUCUGCUGUCCUGGGCGGCUGUAGGAGUGGUGAUGUUUGACUUUGUGGAGUACAAGACUGUCCCAGACAUUCAACAAAUCAUUACGGACCCUAUGCAAGCUGUGAACGACGCUGUAGAUGAAGUUUCCAGUCUGCUCAACAAAUUUCAAGAAUGUGCACCUGAUUUAAGUGACCCCGCGUCUACUGCCGCUUAUGUAGCUGAAGAAAUAUCGGACGCAAAAGAUGGAAUUGUUCGACACUUUUCAGACAAGGACGGGAACUUCUACCUCAGCUACGUCGACCCUGUGGUCAUCGGACGACAGGUUUUCCAUUCAACCAACGACUUCAUGGGUGGAGUGGUGUGCUCCGUCAGGGAGUCACUGUGUGCUAUUGUGGACACUCUAUUCGAUACUAUAUCGGGAAUAUCUGAAGGAAAAAUUGACCUUAGCUACAUUGACCCUGUGCUGACAGGCAGAGGCGUCUUCAGUGUUAUGAUUGAGUUCAUAUGUGGAGUGGAGGAUUACAUCCAGAAUGUGCUCUGUGCCAUUUGGGACACUAUUCUGGACGUGGUGAAAGGUAAUUACUCUCCCUGUUUAACAGCUGCAAUUGCUUAA